AUGACGUGGUGGUAGUGGACUGGUGGAUUGAUUUGGUGCAUGCCGGCAGGAGUUCAUCGGGUGUGAGAAUUCACCGCGUUCUUUAAACGCUGUAAGAAAUAGAUUUAAUAACGCCAGGCACGAUGUUACAAAGCGUGUUCGACGAUGUCAGGCGGAUGAACAAACGUCAGUUCCUCUAUCAAGUACUGAGUUUUGGAAUGAUCGUAUCAUCAGCCCUCAUGAUAUGGAAGGGCUUAAUGGUUGUUACUGGAAGUGAAAGUCCCAUCGUCGUCGUUCUGAGCGGGAGCAUGGAGCCUGCUUUCCAUAGAGGGGACCUUUUAUUCUUGACCAAUUAUCAGGACGAACCAGUACGUGUUGGAGAAAUCGUUGUAUUUAAAGUCGAGGGUCGUGACAUUCCCAUUGUACACAGGGUGUUGAAAUUGCAUGAAAAGGUGAAUAAUACAGUGAAAUUCUUAACAAAGGGAGACAACAACUCAGUUGACGACAGAGGCUUAUAUGCCCCUGGCCAGUUGUGGUUAACGCACAAAGACGUAGUGGGUAGAGCAAGGGGUUUCCUACCGUAUGUUGGAAUGGUCACUAUAUACAUGAACGAGUAUCCUAAGUUCAAAUAUUUUGUCCUAGCUUGUCUCGGAUUGUAUGUUUUGGUACACAGAGAAUCAAACUAGCUAAUAGAAUUAUUUAUACACAAAUUGUCAUACAUAUAUUUCAUUAAAACGAUUUAUCAGUCACUGAUAAUUUACUGAAAUAAAGAGAUAUCAAGAAAAUGGAUUGUUAAGCUUGUGCUAUCGAAAGAUCGAAGGUUAUGUAUACUUUAGAAGUAAUGUACAAACAAAUCGUUUCAUCUUAAUCAAUGAAAUUCCUGAGAAAACGAAUUGUUGAAAACUAACAAAUGAUAAGUUCUAUGUUUGAUGCCCAUAUAUUUCAUAGCAUGAGUUUUUGAAUGAAAAGUUCAAUGGUCAAUGGACAUUGAGUAUCUGAUACGUCACAAUGGAACAGUAUGAAGGAUUGAUGGAUACAAUGGAACAGUGUUCAGUUAGGUUUCAGAUUCUCUGACGCUUAAUAUUUCUACUAACAAACUGUGAAUGUUCAUGAGGUAUCUUCUUUUUUUGUCCUUUGUGAUUUUGAAUUCGCUGAGUAUUUCGGUACGGAUAUUUUUUGUGGAAUAAGAGAUACAGUAAUUCAUUAAAGUAAAAUAUAUUUGAAAUACAGUGUUCAAUAUACUUAUGAAAUAUAUUCAAUUUAUAAAUUUUAUUCGUAGUCAUUUUUAUUUUAAGUUUACUUUUAUGCAUAUUUUACGUCACGAUCUAUCUUUUUUAAGUAAUAUAAUAUUCAUUUUACAAGGAUUGUUCAGUUGGGUGAACAAAAUUGAUGUACAUCUAUUCGUUGCAAAUUCUUGUACCUAUGGAAUCAAUGUAGAUAUACAUAUUAGAUUGCAGCAUACUUUCCGAAUUACUGUACUAGAAUUGCAUGAUUAUUUGAAUAUUUAGCUAGGGCAAAUGGGAUUAGUAAAUUCUUGUAUUCGGUAUUACUCAAUACAAAUGUUAAGAACUUUGUUAAAUAACAAAGAUAUAUAUAUAUAUAUAUAUAUAUAUAUAUAUAUAUAUAUAUAUAUAUGGUUGUGUUGGAAUUUUACAACUUGAAAUGUACACGUCUGCAUUUUAACAUUUAACAAC